UUCGAGGCCAAGCUGGACGGCCUCGCGCAGCUGAUGGCCAAGGCCGUGCAGCCGCAGCCCUUCUCGGCUACUUCCGCAAGUGCGACAGCCGCAACGCCGACUGGUGCGGUUGGCAGGGAGGAGUUCGAGGCCCUGGUGGCGCAGCAGAGGGAGCUGAUGGCGCAGCUGCACAGGGAGAGAGAGACCAACGCGCGAAUCCUCAAGGGCAGGGCAAACGCUGACCCUCCCCCUUUUCCCAACGCACGCCCCACCGCCCCUCCCCGCAUUCCUCUCCAUUUGUUUGAAGACCCCCUGCCAGACUAGGACGGCGACCAGCCGAUGGUGUCUCCUCGCGGCCGGCAGACCGCACGCAGGCAUCCGCGGGGAUCGCCGCACAGGUUCGCCGAGAUGGAUGCUGAGGACGAUGGGGACGAUCAGCUGAUGCUGACCAAGAUCAGGACAGUGGAGGAGGCUGUCAGGUGCCAUGCACGCAGGCACGGACGCACUUACACAUGUCUCCCACACACGCACACACCCACGCCACACAGGACUCACCGACGGUAAGGCUGGAGACACAGGAAGGCCUAAAUCCUAUUCUGUUGACGGCGCAUUAGAUGAGGCAGGUCGACCGAUAGACAGAAUGACACUCACCCAUCUAUCUAAGACUGCGACUUAUGAUCAUCA